CCCGCAGAAAGUUAAACAACGUGAGCAAAGCAUGUACGGCAUGUUGGUGUAACAGCAAAUUGGUAAGCAUUUACUAGAAAAUGGCUGCAAUUGAAGAGGCUUUUCCACGCGGUGGGAAGGAAAAAAGCAAAAACAGUCAGAUAACAAAUGUAGAUGAGGACUUUUUCAAGACUAAAGAAAAUAAAUCAAGGAAACGAGGAAGUUCUUCUAAGGAUGGUAUAAAAAGAAAGAAACUGAAGUCUGAUAAGGACCAAUCCAGAUCAGAAGCCACUUUUGGUUCUGAGACAUUAGUAUUUAAAGCUGUAUCUCCAGGAAUGCUGAUCUUAGGAUGUGUGAAAGAGAUCCAACAAUAUGAGUUGGUUCUCAAUCUCCCCAGUGGAUUGAAGGGGUUUGUCCCCAUUACAAGCAUAAGUGACACCUAUACUAAGCUAUUGCAGCAGAUGGUGGCAAAUAAUGAUGGUGAGAAAGAAGAGGACAUACCUAGCCUACAUGACCUGUUCACUGUGGGCCAAGUACUGUGCUGCAAGUGUGUUGAGUUAGUAGGAGGGAAAAAAGCAGGGAAGAAAAGGUUGAAGCUAACUAUCAACCCAGGCGAGGUGAACAAGUCCCUUCAAGCCUCAGGAUUAAAGGGAGGGAUGGUGAUUCCUUGUUCUGUGUCCAGUAAGGAAGACCAUGGUUAUGUGCUAGAUGUUGGAAUAAAAGGAGUCCAAGCUUUUCUAGGGAAUAAAGAUGCUGCUAAAGGAUUAGGAAAAGGAUGUGUGCUUCACCCAGGACAGCAUCUGAAAUGUAAAGUAAAGGGAAGCUCAUCAUUGGGAUUGAUGAGUGGAGACACCAGGACCAUUCAAGUCACUAUCAGCCUGAAAGAGUUGAAUGAUGCUGUGGUCCCAGAUGGAUCAACAUUGCAGAAUUUGCUACCAGGCAUGCUUGUAAAUGCAAAGAUAAGCAAGUUAUAUGAGAGUGGCAUUGGCGUGAAGUUCCUGACUUAUUCUGGCAUCAUCAACAAAUCUCAUUUAAUGAAAGAUCCUCAGAGUUUUCAGAAACAGGAAGAGGUCAGAGGCACAAUCUUGUACAUCCAUCCAACAACAAAAUCCAUAUCCUUAUCCAUGCUUCCACACCUCAAGGAAGUACAACCAUCAAACGAUUUGCUGGCAUCUUUUUCUCCUGGGUCAGUCAUAGAGAAGGCUGAGGUGUUAAGUGUGGACAAGACUAAAGGCGUCUACCUCAGACUUGAGAAGAAUGUGACAGCUUUUGCACCUUUAAAAAACCUUAGUGACAAAGAAAUCAAAGACAUUGCUCAAGUCUUCAGAGCAGGAUCCACUCACAGGUGUAGGGUACUUGAUCAUGACUAUAUGGACAAUAUAAUGCUUGUAUCAUGCAAAGAGAGUGUUUUAAAUCAGAAAUUCCUUGGCUACCAAGACAUUCACCCAGGGAUGGUUGUAGAGUGCAAUGUGCAAGGAAUUCACAAGAAGGGCGUGUCUGUGAAGGUUUCCAAUCAAAUCAGAGGUUUUGUUCCCACCAUUCAUCUUUUUGAUGCAGCACUAAAGCAGCCAGAAAAGAAGUUUAAAGAAAGCCAAAAAAUGAAAUGCAGAGUUUUAAAUGUUGAUCCUGCGAAACAGAGACUGAUCCUCACUCACAAAAGGUCUUUAGUGAACUCUAAACUUCCCAUCAUAACCCAAUAUAGUCAGCUGGAGACAGGCAUCACAGUGGAUGGAUUCAUUGUCAAAAUUAUGGAUGCAGGAGUAUUGGUGGCACUCUAUAACAAUGUUAAGGGGUUUGUCCCAAAGAAAGAGCUGAGUGCAGAGAAGAUAGACUAUCCUGAGAAAAUGUUUUACAUAGGUCAAGUUGUAAAGUGUAGGGUGUUGAACUGUUUCCCAGAUGAAGAAAGAGCUACCUUGUCGUUUAAGGUAUCUGAAAGGACUCCAUUUGGAAGUAAACUGGCAACAGUUCCUGAAGACUUUGAGAUUGGAAAGCUGGUUGACUGUAAAAUUACGAAGAAGACUGAUAGUGGUUUUGAUGUGGCACUGUUACCAUCCCGACUGCGGGCCUUCAUUCCCAAAGCUCAUCUAUCAGACCAUAUGGAGAACUGUGAAGUAUUAUGGGAUUCAUAUAGCGAAGGAAAUGUCAUCAAGAGUGCAAUGUAUUUUAAUAGAAGCAGUGUGCUUACUUUGACCAAAAAACCAUCUUUUGUUCAGGCUGCGAAAGAUGACAACCUUAUCACAGAAUUUUCCAAGAUAAAACCUGGCCUGUUGUUGCCUGGUGUGAUACACAAAGUGAUGGACUAUGGUGUGUUUGUGGACACCUGCAAUGCUCUGAUAGGCCUUGCUCCAACCAAGUUUAUGUCAGACAAGAGGGUAGCAGAUGCAUCCUCCCUCUACAAAGUGGGUCAAUCAGUGAUUGCCAAGGUCAUUGAAGUGGAUGAAGAAAAAAAGCGAUUUCUGCUGAGUUUACGAAUGUCUGACUGUUAUCAUGAUGACACCAGCAUUGGUAUUGACCAUUUAGAGGAUUAUUUAGUGGAGAGGGACUUGGUGUUAUCAAAACUUGAGGGAAAAAAGGGUCAGAAGCACAGACUGUCAGAGGUAGCCGUAGGGAGCGUAGUUGGUGUCACUGUUGCCGAGGUUACUGAACAUGGAGCACUAUGUAAUCUGGAGAGCGGACUCAGGGGCGUGGUCACUUAUGAAAAUAUGAUUGGUGUGACCUGUCAGCCUGGAGACCACUUGGAGGCUGUGGUCUUACAUAUAGAUGUCCUGGCCAGCUGCUUAGAACUGGCCUUCAACCAGGAACUGGUCAAGGCUAUCAAACAUAAAAGGGAGAAUAAAUUUUCACAGGUUAAACCUGGCCAGCAUAUGAAAUGUGAUGUGUUACUCAUCAAAGAUGACUUCAUCCUGGUUUCAUUAAAGGGGCAUGCCCUUGGUAAGCUGGGAUACCUACCUGCUAAGAAGCAUCCAAAUGACUUUCUGGAGAAACACCAGUUUAGCAUUAACCAAACAAAUUCAGUGGUUGUGAAGAGGAUAUACAUGGACCACAUUUUGUUGAGCCUGCAAACACAUGAAGAAAAAAAUGCCGAGCGGGAGGAGGCUGAGAAAGAAAAAUCAAGAGGAGUGCCAGAGCACAAGCUUAAGCUGGGAGCCAGGGUCAAGGCUGUCAUCCACAAGUUUCUUGAUCUGCAGAUAAACAUCAGCAUUGGAGAUGUGCCAGGUAGAAUAUGUAUAUCAGAAGUGGUGGAUGACAUUGAGGAGGGAAAAUCACCAUUUGAAGACUAUAAAGUGAACCAAGAGGUGAAGGUCAAGAUUAUUGGGUUCAGAGAUUCAAAGUCAUACAGGUACCUUCCAAUUUCCAAUCCAAAAUGUUCCAAAGCUAUUCCAGAGUGUACACUGAAGCCCAGUAAGCUGGCAGUGAAAGGAUUUAGGGAUGAUGAAGAUGUGUCAGCAUCAACAUACAAAAUAGGAGACAAAGUUACUGCCUUUGCACACACCUUUGUCAAUCACUGCUUGUGGAUGCAGGUCAAUCCUCUUGUACGUGGAAAAGUGUACAUUCUCAACCUGUCAGAUAAUCAAAAGGUGCUAUCCUGCCCAGAUCAGUACUUCAAGCCUGGUACAGCCUAUACUGCCACUGUUAUUGGCUUGGGCAAGGAGCUGGAGCUAUCAUUGGUUGGUGCUAAAAGUGAGGUCAAGGCAGGAGCUGUUGUCCGAGGACUGGUCACUCAGAUCCAGCCACACAGUGGUUUAAUGGUUCAUCUUAGUGAUGGCUACAAGGGCAAGGUGGUGUUCACUGACAUAGCAGAUACAUUCACAGACAUGCCAUUGAGCUGCUUCAAGGAGAACCAGAUUGUGCAGUGUUUUGUGGUCAGCUGUGAUAAGAAACAGAGGGACAAAUGUGUGCUUUCACUUAGGAAGUCAAGAUUAUCUAAGGAGGGGAAUCAAAGAAAUAAAGUGAAAGAUAAAGAAAUUGUCAAGUAUGAAGACAUCAAGCAAGGACAAGUUCUGUGUGGAUUUAUUAAUAAUAGCUCCAGCACUGGCGUGUUUGUCAGCCUUGGUAGGAAUGUAUCUGGAAGAGUGAAGUUUUCUAACCUCUCAGACUACUUUGUUAAGAAUAUAGAGGAAACGUAUCCUCCUGGAAAACUUGUGACUGCUAAGGUUUUAAGCAUUGAUGCAAGUAGCCAUAAACUUGAGCUGUCACUGUUAGAAAAGGACACUGGAGUCCCAGAGAGUAUUCCAAAGGCUCUCAUGACAAAUAAAAGACUUGGCAAACCAACGAAAACAAAGAAGCCAGUUACUGAACAAGAAAGUCAAAAAGAGACAGCAAUGAAGGAUACAAAACCUGUGAAAAGAAAAGCAGACAAAGAGCCUGAAAUUAAGAAGAAAAAGAAGAAACCUGAAGUGGCUGAGGAUCAAGACAGUGGGGUGGAUACAAAUGAUAAAUCUGAUUCUGAUACUGAAGUUAAGGCUGCAACUACUAAGAGACCAGCAGGUGGCACACCCAGGCUAAAACUUUCUACCAGCUUCUCCUGGGACACUAGCUUCAGCUUGCCUGGGAAGCAGGAGAGUGAUGAGAGUGAGGAUUCAGAUGAUGAAGAAGAGGAUAAACCAAAGAAAACUAAAAAGCAGAAGAUUGAAGAACAAAAACAAGAAGAAAAGAAACUUAUCGAGCGUGAGGAACGUAUGCUAGGCCAGCAGAUGGAGCCACAGUCAAUAGAAGAGUAUGACCGUCUGGUACUUCAGUCCUCUGACAGUUCUGUUGUGUGGCUGGCAUACAUGGCUUUUCUGUUGAAGACAACAGAGAUCGACAAGGCUAGAGCAGUUGCAGAACGUGCUUUGAAAACCAUCAGCUUCAGGGAAGAACAAGAAAAGCUUAAUGUAUGGGUAGCAUAUAUGAAUCUAGAGAACAUGUACGGCAGCCCAGAGCAGUUGAACCAGGUAUUUGAAAGGGCCCUCCAGCAAGCAGAGCCUUUCAAGGUCUACCAGAAGCUGAUUGAUAUAUAUGUGAGAUCUGAGAAACAUGAGCUGGCAGAACAGCUUUAUAACAAGCUAGUGAAGCGGUUCAGCUUGAGGAAGGAUACUUGGAUAAGCUUUGGGACAUUUUAUUUUAGACAGAAUAGAGCUGAGUCUGCCAGGAAGCUGCUCCAGAGGAGCUUGAAGAGUCUGGAGAAGAAAGAUCACGUUGAGCUGAUUGCCAAAUUUGCUCAGAUGGAGUUCCAACAUGGUGAGGCAGAGCGCGGCAAGACCAUGUUUGAGAACAUCCUCAGUAACUACCCAAAACGCACUGAUCUCUGGUCUGUGUACAUUGAUAUGAUGAUAAAGGUGGGAGAACUGGAGCCUGUAAGGCAUCUUUUUGAACGGGUGAUUAAUUUGAAUGUCUCAGCCAAGAAGAUGAAGUUUUUCUUUAAAAAGUUUCUUGAAUUUGAAAAGAAGUAUGGCAGUGAAGAAACUGUGGAUGCUGUGAAGAGAAAAGCGGUAGAUUAUGUUGAAUUAAAAGCAGGGGAGAGUUCAUAAUGCAGACUAUAACUGACUUGAAAAUGAAACUUGAGACCACAGGUUUUUUACUGAGGGCAAGCCACUCCAGUGAGGACUAAUGAAAUACAUUUGAGGGCCAUUGUUGACGCAGCACUUUUAACAUAUUGGGAUUUGAGAAACUCUUCAUUGUGACAUACAGAUCUAGACAGUGAAAAACCAACAGUAUAGUUUAGAUCCUUGAAGUGAGAACAAAAUUUAAAAACCAACUUGGUACCUUUUGCUUAUAAAUGAAUAAUAAACUUAAAAGAGUAAAUAAAUUUAUAUAUUUAGAUGUUUUAAUUUAUAUAUUUUAACUUUUUGUACAUUUUAACAGUUAAAGAAUUAAAUUUCAUAUCUUAUAAACUUCCGUUUGUAUAAGUACAGAUGAUGUACUGAUUUAAUAGAUUUCAAUAUCUUUUGACCAAGUUACAGCCUGGAAUUCAAAUGGAAUCUUUUGUUAAAUUUUUAUGGACAAAUAUGGGUGCCGUUGCCCAAGUAUUCAGCAAAAAUGAAAGUAUUUGAAAAUAUAGUGCUUACCAGUAUACUGAUAAAGUGUUUUCAUAAGUUUACUAAGAGUUUUUUUUUAAUCAAUAAGCAUGCCUUUAUGAUAUUGCUUAAAAGACUUGAAUUUAUUUCAUGUAAAUUCCUAGUUUCAUGAAGCAUUGUUAGACCAUUUCCAUUUUCAUAUUGUAUAAAAUCUUAUUAAUCAAAUUAAUCAAUCUGGUCAUUUGAAAAAUGA